CUAAAUAUUAAUUCUUUUUAUUGUUUUCAAGUUGUCACCAAAAGCUUGUGGACAUACACGUGGAAGGAAAGUGGCUUCGAGGGAAGAGGCAGUGAUGAGAAUAAGAGCUGCAAUUGAUGCUCGGAAUGAAAGUGGAUCUGAUUUGGUCAUCAUUGCACGUACUGAUUCCCGCCAAGCUGUAUCGUUAGAGGAAGCAUUGUGGAGGUCGAGAGCCUUUGGUGAUGCUGGAGCAGAUGUUCUUUUUGUUGACGCACUUGCUUCUAGAGAAGAGAUGAAGGCUUUCUGCGAGAUAUCACCUUUGAUCCCAAAAUUGGCUAACAUGCUAGAGGGUGGAGGAAAAACACCAGUAUUGAGCCCAGCUGAACUACAGGAGAUAGGAUAUAAGCUUGUGGGGUAUCCGCUGUCCCUCAUUGGGGUAUCAAUCCGAGCCAUGGAGGACGCACUGGUUGCUUUAAAAGGUGGCCGUAUUCCUCCUCCAGGGAGUUUACCAACGUUUGAAGAGAUCAAGGAAACAGUUGGGUUUAAUGAGUAUUACAAAGAGGAAGAACGGUAUAAAAUAACUAGUGUCCUUCCCUCUGAUGGAGCAUUUACUAUAACAUCAAAAAUCCAAGAAGAAGCCAGUCAAAGAGCAGAGAGAGUAAGUGAACCUGUUGUUGAGGUGCUCAGUCCAUUGCAUGAUGGAUACAAGUCAAAUGAUUCUAAUGAGCGCUCAUCUGGUAUAUGGUCUCGGACUCUGAGACUAAAAGUCACAGGAAAUAAUGGGGUUGAGAAACUUGAUAUCCGUAUUCCGGCUGGGUUUCUAGAGGGGAUGUCAAGCAUAAUUCCAGGCUUGGGUGGAAUAAAUCUUAUUGAACUGUUAGAAAAUGCAUCACAGGAGAGCACAACUGCGAAAGGGAAAUUGCUUCUUGAAUUCAAUGGCACAUUGGGUGAUAAGAUUCAGGUUUUUGUGGAAUGAGCUGCUCCCUCCCUCUCUCUCCCCUAAACACUGCAUUUUAAUUCAGUAUUUAUCUUUAUUGCUGCAUUUAUGUAGAUUAUUUAUAUAUAAGACUAUAUGGAUAGUGAGGUAUGAGCAUAACUCUCCAAUUGGAUAAGCAAUAAAGCAUAUUUAUGUGGCUAGCAAUUAUUUGAGUUGAGAGAGAGGUGGCAGCUCAACUUGGUCUGUUAGUUGAGAGUUUUGACAAUCAAUCAAGAGGUCUUGGGUUCGAGUCUUA